AUGUGGCCGGAGGCGGUAUCGAGGAGCCCGGGCUGGUGCUGGGAGCGGUCCGUGGGCGUGGACUGCAGCGGCCUGGAGCCCCGCUGCCUCUGGCUGCUCAGCCUCCGACCGGACCCUGGGCGCCCCUGGCCCCAGACGGCAGGAGACGCGGCCCGGAGGGGCGGUCGGACCCGUGCGGCGGCCCCGCCCCCCGGCCCGGCCCCGGCCCCCGCCCGCGCGGAUGGAGCGCCCCCUGGAGGCGUGUUGGCGCCCUGCGAGCCGGCGGGUCCGGGGCGGACGGUCCUGCUGCGGAAGAGCGGCCGCCACCACGGCUUCGGCUUCACCCUGCGGCACUUCAUCGUCUACCCGCCCCCGCCGGACGGACUCCACCUCCACCACCCGGACGCCCACGCCGGGAGCCCGAUGGCGUGGGCCGGGGACCCGCCCCGCUCCCGGAUGGGGCCCGCUGCUGCCACCAGCACCAGCUGCUCACGCCCAUCUCCCUCUCCUCUGCAGGCGGAAGAAGAUGGCGGCCGCAGAGGGCCCCCUCACAGCUGCCUGGAGCCCGUGGACACCAUCUUCGUAAAGAGCGUGAAAGCGAAUGGCCCAGCCCAGCAGGCCGGCCUGCGCACGGGGGAUCGACUGGUGAAAGUGAAUGGGGAAACCAUCACUGGCAAAACCUACACCCAGGUCAUCACCCUGAUCCAGAACAGCAAGGACACCCUCGCACUGUCCAUCGAAGCCAAGAAUGAGGACCCCCUCCAGAUGGCCCGCUCGCGGGACGCCUCCCCGACGGGGAAUGAGCCUCUCUGGGCCGGAGCCCGCGGCCCGCCCGAGCCGCCCCCGUUCGGCUCCACCCGCCGGCCCUACCCCCCGCAGGCCUGGGCCUGGGACACCAUGGUAGCGGGCUCCCGGCUGGCCCCCCGCGUCGAUCCCCAGGACUUCCGGCCGCCCCUCCCGUGCUCCCGGCUCGCGCCCCAGCCCGGCCGCCUCGGUCGCCCGGCCCCGCCGCCCCGCAGCCCGCCCAUGGCCCGCCCGGCUCCCCACCCCGGCGCCUUCUCCCACGGCCCGGCCCCGACCGGCGCCCCCCAGGUCCCCCGUGGCUGCCCGGCCCCCGGCGCCCCGCCGCCCCCCGGCCCGGGCCGGGUCCCGCGGGAGGCCCCGCUGGCCCUGAGCGAACAGGAGCGCCGCCGGCGGGCGCUGACCCAGUGGCUGUGCACCCAGCUCCCGCGGCGUAGCUCUUCCGAGGACCGGUCGGCCGCCCGGCCACCCCCCCGCCGCCGCAGCGCCUCCCAGGACCGGCUGGGCACCCCCCCGGGCCCGGCCCCCUGGGGCUGGCCCCACUCGGUCUCCCAGGACGCCCUGUGCCACCCGGGCCCCGGCGGCUGUCGGGCGCGCUCGGACGAGGCCUUGGCGCCGGGCGGGCCGCCCGCCGCCCCGGGCCCGCCGCAGCCCGGUCCACCCGCCCUGCCCGGCCUCGACGCCGCCGGCUACGUGGGCUACCGCAGCUACAGCCCCUCGUUCCAGCGCCGGACGGGCCUCCUCCACGCCUCGUCCUUCCGCGACCCGGCCUCCGGGGGCUUCCCCACCUUCAGCCUCACCCAGCGGCCCGCCCCCGCCCCUGCCCCCCAGCUGGACCGGCCGCCUCCGCCGGCCUCACGCCCCGCUCUCCCGGGCCCCGCCGGCCCCCCGGAUGACGCGGUGCUGCGGCAGAAGCCGCCGACCGGCCGCAAGGCGCAGCUCGGCUCCGGGCACCCGCCGGACUGCGCCCUCCCCGGAGAAGGCCGCGAGGAGACCCGAGGCGACGGGCCCGGAGAGCGCCCGGGACGGAGGGUGGCCCCGCUGGCGGCCCCCGAGGACUCCCUGGCGUCCAUCCCGUUCAUCGAUGAACCCACCAGCCCCAGCAUCGACCUGAAGGCCAAGCCAGUGCCCGCCUCGUCGGUGGUGUCCAGCUGCAUGAACUCAGCGCCCGUCCUCACCACCAGCCCCUCCUCGCCGGCCUUCUCCUUCGCCAUCAGCCGCCACUACUCCCAAGACUGCAGCAGCAUCAAAGCCGCGGGCCGCCGCUCCUCCUACCUACUGGCCAUCACCGCCGAGCGGUCCAAGUCGUGUGACGACGGGCUCAACACCUUCCGAGACGACAGCAGCGUCCUCCGGCACCUGCCCAGCCGUGUUCCCAGCCUUCGCCUGCUGAAGAGUUUCUUCACCGACGGGUCGCUGGACAGCCUGGGCACGUCGGAAGAGCCCCAGCCCAAGAGGCACUCGGCCUCUGACCUCUCGGACGGGGCGGCCGGGGAGGUGCAUCAAGAGGGUUGGUUGCACUUCAAGCAGAUCCUCACCAAGAAAGGCAAGAAGGUGGGCGGCGGCGGCGGCGGCGGGCUGCGGCAGUGGAGGCGGGUCUUCGCCGUGCUCCGCGCACACUCGCUCUACCUGUGCAAGGAGCGGCGGGAGGCCGGCGGGCCCACGGUGCCGCCUGAAGGUGAGGAGGACCCGGCGCCCGUCAGCAUCCGAGCCUCCCUGGUGGACAUCUCCUACGGCCAGACCAAGAGGCGACACGUCUUCCGCCUGACCACCGCUGACUUCUGUGAAUAUCUCUUUCAGGCCGAGGACCGCGACGGCCUGCUAGGCUGGGUCAGAGCCAUCAGGGAGAACAGCAGGGCCGAGGGCGAGGACCCUGGCUUUGCCAGUCAAGCUCUGAUCAACAAAAAGUUAAACAGUUAUCGCAAAGUGAGCCCCUCUAUUGUCAAAGGAGAUUGGUCUCCCAAGGGCCCCCGGCUUCUGGGCUGCAAGGCGGAGCUCCCGCGACCAGCCGCCAGCGGUCGCGCACCCCGGCAGGACGCGGCUGGGGCCAGAGAUGACCCUCCGCGGGGUCCCUGGGGCAUCAACAUCAUGAAGAAGAGUCGGAAGGUGGCCCCACGGGCAUUUGGGGUGCGUCUGGAGGAGUGCCAGCCUGCCGCCGAAAAUAAGCACGUGCCCUUGAUCGUCGAGGCCUGCUGCCGGGUGGUGGAGGACAAGGGGCUGGAGAACCUGGGCAUAUACCGGGUACCAGGAAACAACGCCGUCGUGGCCAGCCUGCAGGAACAGCUCAACAAGGGCGCCGCCGAGAUCAACCCUCAGGAUGAGCGCUGGCAGGACCUGAACGUCAUCAGCAGCCUCCUCAAGUCCUUCUUCCGCAAGCUGCCGGAGCCCCUUUUCACCGACGACAAGUACAGUGACUUCAUCGAAGCAAACCGCCUGGGGGAUGCCCGAGAGAGGAUGAAGACGCUACGGAAGCUGAUCCGGGAUCUGCCUGGCCACUACUAUGAGACCCUCAAGUUCCUGGUGGGACACCUGAGAACCAUCGCUGACCACUCGGAAAAGAACAAGAUGGAGCCCCGGAACCUGGCCCUGGUGUUUGGGCCCACGCUGGUCCGGACGUCGGAGGACAAUAUGACGGACAUGGUGACGCACAUGCCUGACCGCUACAAGAUCGUGGAGACUCUCAUCCAGCACUCAAACUGGUUCUUCAGCGACGAGGAGGAUAAGGGAGAAAAGACUCCGGUGGACGACAAGGAGGCCCAGGCCGUCCCCAACAUUGAAUACCUUCUGCCCAACCUCAGCAAGGCUGGGCCUCCCUGCCAGAUGGGAGCAGAUCCUGCGCCCGGGGGCCUGGCCAAGUACAAGCGGGUCCGGGCCUCCGGGAAGGAGCCGUACAGGCGGGAGCUGCUGGCCAUCUCCUUCAUCUCGGCGGUCAACCGCAAGCGGAAGAAGCGGCGGGAGGCCCGGCACUUGGGCAGCAGCACCGACGAAGACUCGGACCCGGAGGCGGCGGCGGCGCCGCCGCUCCCGGGGGCCGCGGGCCCAGCCGCCCCAGCGGAAGGGCCCGGGCCGGCGGCGGGGCCCUCGGGCCUCCCGGGGCCCCCCGGCGAACCCCCCGCCGCCCCCCCGGCGCCGGACUGCCGCUCGCUGGGCUCCGGCGGCUCCACCCUGUCCACGCUCGCCCGCAGCGUCUGCUCCGAGCCGCCGUCCGGGGGCGAGGGCCGGGCCGGGGACGAGGCCGACGACGAGCGGAGCGAACUGAGCCAGCUGGAGACCGACACCGAGGGUGGCGCCGCCGCGCCGGCCGGCCGCCCGGACCCCCCGCCCCCGCCGCCGUCGCCCCCGCCGCCGCGCCGGCCCUCCUUCAGCUCGCACCGGCUCAUGCAGUGCGACACGCUGGCCCGCCGGAGGCUGUCGCGGAGCCGGCCGGACGGGGGAUCCCCGCGCGGCAGCCUCGACGGCGACGGGCCCGGGCCCGGUCCGGGCUCCGGCUCCUCCAGCAGCCAGGACUCGCUGGCCGGGCCGGGCGGGGAGCGCCACGCCGGCGCGCUCGGGGCCCUGACCCAGCAGCUCCGACUGCGGCUCCGCGGCUCGGCCGACGACCUGUUGGGAGUGCGCCUGCGUCGGCCCUGCUCGCCCGAGACCCGGCGGAAGAAGAGCAGCUGGCGGCGCCACACGGUGGUGCUGCAGUGCUCCCUCACGGACCUCAACUGCAACGAGUGGAAGGAGCUCUCGGCGGGACCCACCCCGGCCCCCGGGCGGGGGGACCGGGACCCCCCUCCGCCGGCCUUCAAGGCGCCCGAGGGGCCCGAGAGCGAGAGCAAGGAUUCGGGCAUCAGCAGCUUGGAGUCCACCAAGGCCCGGCCUUCCUCGGCCUCGCUGGCCCCGGCCCGGGGCACGUAGCCCCGACCCCGGCCCCGAGCCGCCCGCCUCUGCCCACCUGUCCGUCCGUCCGCCUCCGCCCCCCUCGCCGCCCGCCGCCGAGUCCGUCUCUCCGCUCGGCCCCUCUCUGUCCAUCUCCGCCCGGCCCCUCGCCGCCCGCCUCUGCCCACCUAUCCGUCCGUCCGCCUCCGCCCCCCUCGCCGCCCGCCGCCGAGUCCGUCUCUCCGCUCGGCCCCUCUCUCUCCAUCUCCGCCCGGCCCCUCGCCGCCCGCCUCUCUUCGCUUCCCCGCCCGCUUCCGUCCAUCUCUCUCCUUGGCCCUCCUCCUCCCCGGCCCUCAGCGGCCCACCUCUGUUCCUUUCUCCACCUGCCCCUUGGCUGUCCGCUUCCCUUCACCUCUCCGCUCGGCCCCUUGCCGUCCACCCUUGUCCUUCUUUCUGCCCGGCCCCUCCCUGUCCGCCUCUGUCCGUAUUUCUCCCCAGCCCCUCACCGAUCGCCUCUGUCCAAUCCCCCUGCCCGGCUCCUCGCCGCCCACCCACGUCCACCUCUCCGCCUGGCCCCUCAAUGUCCGCCCCCGUCCGUCUCUCUGCCCGGCCACCGGCCCCCCGCCUCACCGCCCGGCUUGCUGCCCGUAACUAGCCGCCUCUCUGCCCAGCCACUAGUCCCCCGCCUCGCCCCCUGUAACUGACCAUCUCUUUGCUUGGGCCCUCAGUCUCUGGCUUACAGUCCGCCCCUCUGGCCCCUUGCUCUCCAGCACACUUCCAUCACUGCCCAUCUCCGCUUGUCCCCUCACUUUCCACCUUGCUAUCAGUCUUUGUCCAUCUCUCUGCCUGGCCCUUCGCCCCCACCUCGCCGUGUGGCCCAGUGGGCUGGGGAGAGAUGGAGGGAGCGGCCGGGGUGGCAUUUCCCCGGUUCUUGACAAAUACCUUAACCCCCCCAUCCCUCCCCCCAAAAACCCAGCAACCUGAAACCCUCUUGGGGGGAGUGCGUCCCCUCCUUGGAAUAUGGGGUGAUAACUGACUCGGCGUUAUGGCUAGUCCAAACCUUGCCGUGACUCUGCCCGGCGGAGCCUGGGGGUGGCACGGGACCCCCGGGGACCCCAGACAAGUCCUGCCUCUCCCCUCGCCGGGCUUGGACCAUCUCCCGUGGGAGGAAGGGGAGAAUGGUUCUGUCAGGACCGGCUGGGGUCGAUGCUUGCGCUGGGGGGGUCCUGGGCGCCCGGCCCGGGGGGAUCGUAGGCACACAACUUGGGGACUUGGUGGCAUCUGGAAGUCGAUGUCUGGGCACGGGCUGGGGGCACGCCAAAGGUUCAACUGGCUGCAUGUCAGAAGCUCACCCCCGGGGGCCGGGCAUGGGGCUACGGGUACCCCGCCACACUCGGCACACCCUGCACGCAGAUGAGGCUCAACACCAGAGGCCCCCCGGAGCCCGACGUUGGAGUCUCCUCUGCAGGCAGCCCAUCCGGCGCCGCAGGGAUAGACGAGGAGGUAAAAGACUGAAUCGGGAAGGCCCGCCGGGUCCUCCGGGAGGCUCGGCGACAGAGAGCAGCACCGUGUGGCGCCGAUAGAUCGAAGCGAAGACGGGGAGGGCGGUCAUCCGGACCGGCCUUCAACACUGGAGGUUCGUGGGGCGCGGCCAAGUUCCGGAAGCGUCACCUCCGGGCCGAACGGGACGUCGCGGGGCCGGACGCACGGACGUGCACACGCCCGCUCUGGAGUGCAGGCGGGCGGCCAGCACCGAGACCCACCUACGGAACCAGCGGGAACCCAAGACGGCCGUCCCACGGGGCUCCGGGCUGAGGGAACCUCUGGACGGAGGCGAGGAAGGGAGCCCCCCGGCUCCCUCACCCCCAGGGGGCCGAGUCAGCAGCAGACAGGUCAGAUGUGGAGCGACAGGCCUGGAGCAGCAGAGGCUUUGGGAAUACCCCAUCACCGGCUGGGAGAUGGGGUGAAAACCGUGCCAGGCACCGGGGUAACAAAGGCAGCGGGGCGACGGGGGGCAAUCCUUCCACGCACACGGGGCGGAAGGAGCUGUCGGUCAGGUGACCCAACGGGGCACACCGGUAGGACCGCUCCGCGGGCCCGCUCGCCCUCGCACCCACUGGAUCCGGAUGGGGAAGGGCGCGGCACGGUG